AUGCAAGUCAGAAAUAUUCAGAACAUAGCACCGAGUCUAACUGACAAGAGUAUAAAGAUAUACUAUGAACAUGUUAUGAUGAAACCAACCAAAAUUCAAGAAAGUCAGUAUACUUAUGAAUAUCCAAGACACUGGGUAGAGUAUGUAGGAGGUGAGAAAGCUAUUGAAAUCAGACAGGUUCGAAGUAUUCCAGCAGGAAGAACAAUAUUAUUGAAGAACUUUAAUGUUUUGAGAUAUAAUGAUGAAACAAAGAAGCAAGAUAGUUUCCCUGUUGCUGUGUAUGUGAACUUAGAUACAGGAGAUGACAUGAAAGUUUUUAAUACAAAGCUUCAAACGGUAGUGAGAGAACAACUGACUGCGGAAGGGCAUCCAUUACCUUCAGAAGUUACCAUAGCAUAUAAUUUUGAAACAAACUCAAUAGAUUUUAAAGUCAUCUCUGCAAAGAAGUCAGGUUUUACAUUUAAUGAAGCAGAUGUAUAUUCGAAUGAAAACUUCAAAGCUAUUGCAUGGUUAGAUAAUGACGAUUGCUUUAAGAAAAUAUUUAAAUUCAGUGACUCAAAGAUGUCAAUAG